AUGUAUCGACAACGGUCAAUAUCUUGGAUAUCGUCCUGUAGGAGGCUGCAGCUGCAGUUGAAUCGACGCUUUAUCUCAUCGCAACAAACGCAGCCCAAAGAUGCACCACGCGGCUACCAAUCGCUCCCGCCAGAGUGGGAAGACGAAGCUCCUUCGCUGACAGACUUUACUCAACUUCCGCAUAAGGACUUUGGCAAGAAUCAGUUGAUAGAAACGAACGAGGAGUUCAAGCGGGCAUUGAGGGGCAUUUUGCGCAAAUUUCCGCCCAUUACCUACGCGUUUGCCUAUGGAUCUGGCGUCUUCCCUCAAUCAGCUGCGACAGCUUCGCGCACGACGCAGUCACCUCAUCCGAACCCACCAGAGGCGAUAUUGAACUGGCAGAAAGGCGGUGGGAAAAUGAUCGAUUUCAUCUUGACACCAAGGUUCUCUCAGCACUUUCAUUCCCUCAAUUUGCGCGAACACCGAGACCAUUACUCCUUCCUUGGCUCAUUAGGCUCAGGUGUGAUCAGCCAUGUGCAAGACAAAUAUGGGGCGGGCGCCUACUUCAAUCCGUAUGUUGUAGUCAACGGUACAAUGAUCAAGUAUGCCGUCGUCAACUUUGAGACUCUUAUGCGCGACCUGACCGACUGGGACACAUUGUACCUUGCUGGACGACUACACAAGCCCUGCAAGAUUUUGAUUGAGGAACCGAACAUUCGCGUCGCAAAUCAGCGCAACCUUCUCUCCGCAGUGCGAUGUUCGCUUCUUCUACUACCGGAAACCUUUACAGAGAUGGAGCUAUAUUCUACAAUCACAGGCUUGAGCUACCAGGGCGAUCCACGCAUGUCGUAUGGCGGCGAGAACCCCAAGAAGAUCAGCAACAUUGUCACACAUCAAUUGCGCAACUUCCGGCUCCUAUACCACGACCUCCUCAUAUCCCUCCCGAACGUCCGCUACGCAGAUGAUCAUGCAAUCGCAAAGCCCAACUGGAUUGACGACAUUGACCUCGAUCUCAAACUUUCGCAAGACGCAGAUCCCGACCGACGCGCCAACAUGGUUCGACGACUGCCCAAAAACUUUCGUGAGAAGGUCUACUUUCAAUAUCAAGGGAAAUUUGGUAUUUCGGGACGCGAAUACCAGGACAUGCUAGACGCGAGGAAGGACGACGUUGCUUCGGGCAUUCUGAAGAAGCAGGUCGCUGGAGAGUUUGACAAGCGAAUAGCUGCGGAGAAAGAUCUUCCAGACAUGGUCACCAAAGCGAUCAACCAGACUGUCAAAUGGCCUUCCACGGUACAGAGUCUGAAAGGUCUAUUAUCUGCAGGUCCGAUAAGAUCAUGGCAGUACAUGAAGGAGAAGCGGGAGAAGGGGAGGAUGAAGUAA